GGCGGGGCCGCGGCCGGGCCUGUCCCUCAUGGCGGUGCUGUGUGGGGCCGGGCUGGGCGCCUCCCUCAGGCGCUGCGGGGCCGGGGGGAGCGGCCGCAGCCCCUGGAAGCCGCUCCUGCUGCUGCUCAGCCCGCCGGCUUUCUCCACGAGCUGCGCCCGGUGCGCCAAGGACAGGCGGCUGAGGCAGAAGAGAGCCAUUUCCGAGCGGCAGCUGACACGUUAUUUCGUGGAUCAGCGGAAAGUGCGCGUGGUUGGAGGACAAGGAGGAGACGGGGGCCAUUCCUUCCACAGUGAGCCCAGAAAAGUGUUUGGAGGUCCUGAUGGUGGGAAUGGAGGUGAUGGGGGUCAUGUCAUUUUUAAAGCUGACCAGCAAAUGAAAUCACUUUCUUCAGUGUUCCGCUUCUACCAGGGUUUUCAUGGAGAGAGAGGAGGAAGCAAAAACUGUUAUGGAGCUAAUGGUGCACACAUGUAUGUCAAAGUCCCUGUUGGUACUUUGGUGAAGGAGGAUGGUGAGGUUGUGGCUGACCUCACCCAGCAUGGAGAAGAGUACAUUGCAGCUCACGGAGGAGCUGGAGGGAGAGGGAAUCGCUUCUUUCUCUCCAACGAAAACCGCGCUCCGAAAUUAUUCACUCCAGGAGAGCCAGGUCAGGAGAGGGUCCUUCAUCUGGAGCUCAAGACAACAGCUCAUGCAGGAUUGGUGGGCUUUCCCAAUGCUGGCAAAUCCUCACUUUUGAGAGCCAUCUCCCAGGCAAAGCCAGCUGUGGCUGCCUACCCAUUCACAACCCUAAACCCCCACGUUGGCAUUGUCCACUAUCAGGACUAUGAACAAGUGGCAGUUGCUGACAUUCCUGGCCUAAUCAAAGGUGCUCACCAGAACCGUGGGCUGGGGAUGGCCUUCCUGAAGCACAUCGAGCGCUGCCGCUUCCUCUUGUACGUGCUGGAUCUCUCUGUGCCUCAGCCCUGGAGCCAGCUGCAAGACUUGAAAUAUGAGCUGGAAGCAUAUGAAAAAGGCUUGUCUGAGAGGCCUUGUGUUGUGGUUGGGAAUAAGGUUGACCUUGCUCAGUCCAGGAUCAAUCUGGCACUCCUAAGGGAGCAGGCAGCUGAGAGGGUCAUCGCAGUGUCUGCGCUGACAGGAGAGAACUUGGAAGAGCUGCUGUUGCAUCUGAGGGAACUCUAUGACACUUAUGUGAAGACAGAACAGUCACAAGGACAAAGCCCAGUCAAGUGGUAGAAGCCACAACUGCUGUGAACUGUGCUGGAAGGAGAACAAAGUUAAAAUAGCAGUUUGAUUUGAGUGCAUCUCUGUGUUGGGGCUUCCUGUGGGUUGUUUUUGUUGUUAAUAUGGAAGGGCACAGCAUGGGGAUUUGUUCUAGACUGCUGCUUUGGCAAGAUUGUUUUGUUUGUCUUUUCACCUUUGAGGUGUCUCUGAAGUUUUACAACAAAGCUUGAAAAUUGUAAUCAUGGUGGGUGUUGAACUGGAAGCCUGGCUCUUGUUUGGCAUACUAUGGAAUGAAGAGAAUGCUGUCUAGUAGAAAUGACUGAAAUUCAGGAUCUGCAGGGGAUGUUAGUUUAUUUUAUGAAGUGUGCUGAAGUCACUUCCUCAAUUUUCACUAAUCAAAAGUUCUAAAAUAAAAUCAGGUGGUCCCAUGUUUAUCUGUUUUUAUAUGAUGGCCAAUUUCAGUCGUGUCUUAAAACUUUUCUCCUAUUGUGGUUGGGUGUGGAUUUUUCUCCUCAGAGGGAGGCACAGCUCAGUAAUUUUAGGGAGGAGGAGCAUGAAAGAACUGCAAUUAAUGACUGAAAUUAUUUUCUCAUUAAUAUAAAUAAUUUACUAUAUUUAAAUUCUGGCAGCAGCUAAGUAGCUGAAUAAACUGGCCAGGAACCAGCCAUUUGAGAUUCACAUCUGAGUUCUCCCAUUUAGGAAUCUCAGGCAGUGUUCUGAGAAAUCCUAGGGUUAGAUACAUCAAAUGAAAUAAACGUUCAGUUCUUUGUGUGUGUGUGUCCCCUUUUUUUUCAACUAUAUCAUUUUAUGGACUGUGUUCUUAAACUUUAGGAAUUCAGGAGUCUUAAUUUAGAGCAGUGAUCUUUGCC